UUAUUUCCUAAUUUUUUCUUAUAACUCAGUCAUAUUUCCUAACUUUACUUUUGUUCGUCAUUGAAGUAUGGCCUAUGAACCCCAUAGUUUUACGCCGAACAAGUGGGUUGAAAGAUGGGAAAAGAAUGAAACUGGAUGGCAUUUAAAUUUUGUACACCGAAGCUUAACAACAUUCUGGGAUCAGUUAUGUCCGGACGACAAUCCCAACAAUCGGUUGUUCAUUCCACUUUGCGGAAAAACUGAAGAUAUGGAAUGGCUGUAUCAAAACAAAUCAUGCAAAAUUAUAGGAUGUGAUCUAGCUGAACUUCCUUUACGACAGUUUGUUAAUGAGCAUAAAUCGUUGGAUAUGAAGGAGCGUUUAGUUAAGUUUAAAAAUGGCGAAGAGGUACUGAUGUUUCAUACUAGUGAUAAUCGCUUAUGUUUGUAUUGCUGCAAUUUGUUUUCAAUGGAGAGUGCUCCGGAAGAACCGUUCAAUUUGAUAUGGGAUCGAGGAUCGUUUGUUGCUCUUCCUCCAAACUUAAGGGCUGACUAUGUGGCUCUACUUACCAAAUUAUCUACUGCAAAUGUUCGAUGGUUACAAGAAAGUCUUAAUUAUCCACCUGGUGCUCACAAUACUGCUCCGUGCAGCUCAACUGACGAAGAGAUGAAAUCAUUAUAUGGUAAAAACUACAAUAUGAAGUUGUUGAGAUAUGAAGAUGUUAAAUCUCAUAUUGCCCCAAAUGCAGAAUAUUGGUAUGUGCGCCUAUUACUUCUUACUAAAAAACACUCGUGCUAAAAGCUUGUCAACUCAACACAUUCUUAUUACAUAUAUCCAUAUAUGAAAGAAUGAACAGUCAUUUUAAAUUGCGUAGAAUGCCUUUUUUCAACUGUCUGCGUGUAUGGGCGUAUUCACAUCUUUGCUUUAAAUAGUGUUGAAUGCGGCGCGUAAGAUAGUAAAAUUGGAUAGUGUUGUAUGGAUAUUUUGUCAUUCCCCCCUGUACACUGAGUUGUUUUUGUUACGUCUUUUAAUUUUCUCAGAGUUUAACUCUUUGCCUAUUUAUUAUUUUACUACUCACCUUGAAAGUGUUGGGUUUCGUUGUGUGCAUCUUUUGGCGGUAAAUAAACACUUUGUCUUCAACUGUCUUAACUGUUAGUGAUACUUUAGUUAUCAGUCCUCUAGAUGUAUUUGAUGUGUGUGAUGUGAAUUCACAAUAAAUUGGAAAUAAUUCAG